CUGCCUGGCCACGCCUCCUUUCCCUUUCAUCUUUCUCACUGACCAAUGGGCUUGGAGCAUUAAGGCCACGCCCCUAUUCUGCGUUCCAUUGGUGCCCUGGUUACGCCACCUGUGGCUCAGUUGCACAGCUGCCUGGUAGGUGACUGGAGGCAUUGAGCAGCGCUCACUGGUAUUUCGCUGAUGUGGCCCCAACCCCGCCUCCCUCCCCACCCCGCGAUGUCAGAAAAAACACAACAGGGGAAAUUGGCCGCAGCCAAGAAAAAGUUAAAAGCAUAUUGGCAGAGGAAGAGCCCUGGCAUUCCAGCAGGAGCUAACAGGAAAAAGAAAAUCAAUGGCAGUAGCCCUGACACAGCCACUUCUGGUGGUUACCACUCACCUGGGGAUAGCCAGUACCAAGAACUAGCAGUGGCCCUGGAUUCAAGCUCCGCAAUAAUCAGUCAACUCACUGAAAACAUCAAUUCACCGGUUCGCACAUCUAAGGAGGAGAAGAAGCAUAAGACACAUCGGGUACAGAAGCUUGGGAGGAGCUUGUUCAAAUUCAAAAAGCAGACGGCUGAACCCCUGGCCCCAGAGCCCCCAGCAGGGCCAUCUAAGGUGGAGCAGCUACAAGAUGAGACCAACCACCUAAGGAAGGAGCUAGAGAGUGUGGGAAGACAGCUCCAGGCUGAGGUGGAAAACAAUCAGAUGUUGAGUCUCCUGAACAGGAGACAGGAGGAGAGGCUACGUGAACAGGAGGAGAGGCUACAUGAACAGGAGGAGAGGCUGUGUGAACAGGAGGAGAGGCUGUGUGAACAGGAGGAGAGGCUACAUGAACAGGAGGAGAGGCUACAUGAACAGGAGGAGAGGCUACAUGAACAGGAGGAGAGGCUACAUGAACAGGAGGAGAGGCUACGUGAACAGGAGGAGAGGCUACAUGAACAGGAGGAGAGGCUGUGUGAACAGGAGGAGAGGCUACGUGAACAGGAGGAGAGGCUACGUGAACAGGAGGAGAGGCUACAUGAACAGGAGGAGAGGCUACGUGAACAGGAGGAGAGGCUACGUGAACAGGAGGAGAGGCUACGUGAACAGGAGGAGAGGCUGUGUGAACAGAAGCUGCCAGGGCAGGAGAGGCUGCUGGAAGAGGUGGAGAAGCUGUUAGAACAGGAGAGGCAGCAGGAGGAGCAGGAGAGGCUGCUGGAGAGGGAGAGGCUGCUGGACGAGGUGGAGGAGCUCCUGGAGCAGGAGAGGCUUCGGCAAGAGGAUGAGAGGCUGUGGCAGCAGGAGACUCUGCAGGAGCUGGAGAGGCUGCGGGAGCUGGAGAGGAUGCUGGAGCUGGGGUGGGAAGCCCUCUACGAGCAGCGGGCCGAGCCACGCAGCGGCUUCGAGGAGCUGAACAACGAGAACAAGAGCACACUGCAGCCGGAGCAGCAAGUAAAGGAGCUGAAGAAGUCGGGUGGAGCUGAAGAGCCAAGAGGCUCCGAGUCUGCAGCAGCAGCCAGACCAGUACCUGGAGCCCCAGUCCCAGGAGCUUGGGUGUGCGGACAAGCAGGGUGGACUCCCCAGGAGCACCCAGGCUUGAGUGGAGAAGCUGUUGGUACAGGAGAGGCGGCAGGAGGAGCAGGAGAGGCUGCAUGCCAUUCUUUUCGGGCCGCCGAGAACAGAGAGCUAAACAUCACCAUCAUCUAAGAGCGGGUCAAGAAAUUUAAAAAAAAAAAAAAAAAAAAAGUUUAAGGGGUUAAUAUCCUACACAAUUCAUUUACUUCAUUUGAAUGUUAGAGCCACUUAUGUUUAUUUGUGUUUCUAAUUUAUAGUUUAAAUUUAUGUUUCUAAUUUAUAGUUUAAAUUUAUUUGUGUUUCUAAUUUAUAGUUUAAAUUUAUCUGUAAAAAGUUAAAUGAGAGUGGGUCUUUCCCUCAUGUUCACUCUGGCAUCCUUUAGCAUUUUUUAAAUUUGAUAAUUAUAGGACGCUAGCAUGCAUAUCGAGUUUGCCCUUAUGUGAUGGGAGUUCAAACACACAAAGACCCACUGUAUGCACACAACUGUUCUUGCUGGUUUGGGAUAGGCUGCCAUGCUUUUUUAAUGUUAGUACAGCCUGUAUAUUCAUUAUGGAAUUCAAAUAAAAUUUCCUUAUGUUCUGCUGUUAUGUUUGAUCGAAUCCUAAUCACAGUGAGCUCUUCAUUAGCUCAAUAUGUGGUUUGCCCUCAAGUGCGCGGUCUAUUACUUUGUAAUAUGCCACUGUGAGUACUGACAUUUACAGUUGUUUAAAGGUGGAGCGCUGGAAACAGCCUUUCCCCCUUUUUCUGUGUAUUGGGGAUGGGAGUAAUAACAUUUUGGGGAGCUUUUUAAAUCUCCCAGAAGAGGAAAGUGGCCUGCUCUGGCAGGUGUGUGCAGGAUAGAAUAUGUUUCAUUUGUUCUGGUGCCAAGAAUGAGCACUGUACUACGGUAGUUCCCUUAGGAUUUGCAUGUGCUCUGGGCUCAUGAAGAUAUUGCAUCAUGAGCUGUGGCAGUUGUACUCUUUUUUGAUGACCUAAAAGGGGAUUAUUUCUGAGGAAUGAAAGGCUCCCAUCAUGACUGUGGAUGUGGAAAACCUUUUCUAGCUGAGAGCAUUUAUAUCUACAAUACAUUUUAAAGUCAGAGUUCGUGUUCCCUGUUUUAAUCACAUGACUACAUGUCCCAGUACACAAAAGGGCACUGGUUGGCAUUCUCCUUAAUGUAUUUAGUAAAGAUCAGAAGAAAUCCUUUAAGAGUUUAAAUGUCCCUGGAACAGGCAUACAGGCUCUAGUCAAGAAUGAAUUCGAGUGAAGGAAAGCUGCGUGACACCUGGCAUUCCUCUAUGUUCAUGGAGCUUACUUGAAGCUAGAAGAUGGAUUUUACCAUCUAGACCUCUCUGGCUAAUACCUAGUCUUCAACCAUCUGACAUAGGCAUUCUUUUUCUUGAAUGGAAAAGACUUUAAAAAUAAUAACAAACAUUAUUAUAAACUAAUAUAUGUGAGAGUACUUAAGUUGAAACAAAAAGGAAUUUUAGUAGACAGUAUUAUACUACAUUUGAAAAUCAAGGAGCAGUUUAUGCAACUUAAAAUGUUUACAAACUGCAGCGCAAUCUACUGUUUGUGAAUGUCAAAGUGUCAUGAGGAAAGUGUCUAUACAAUCACGGAGUUAUAUUUCCUCACAAAGUUCUUUACGAAGAGUGAAAUAUGUUUUUAUACCUCUCAGUUUCAGUUAGAGGCAUAUUUUGUGUAAUAUUUAUGUUAAUGUGCAUGAUCAAUGAAUUAUUUCAGUCAUAUGUUGCCUAUAUCAUAACUGGAUGAUGCUUGGGGAAGAAUCAACAGCUAAAACUUCAUGAAGUUCUAAUGUCUGUGUUCCAAAAUACAUCAUAUCAUUAGGAUGUAGGGAGAGAUGUAUCUGCGCUCCCUGGGGUGGGCAUUUCUAGUUACUAGACCAUCUCCACUUUUAGCAUUGGGCAUCCUCAUGAUACUUUUAUAAAUAUGACAUUAAUAGGAGAUCAAUAAUACGAUUUUACAGACUGAAUAAGAGAAUUGCCUGCAUUCACUUAAAGAUUGCAAAUAUUGAGCCCUUGUGACUUCAACUGACUCUUCCAGAUUGUAUGAAUUUAUCAAUGUAUUAGAUAAACUCAGUUUCAGAAUGAUAAAGAAAUACUGUUAGACCAAAUAAUGUGGCUAAUUAACAGUGGUAGGAUUUCCAGCCCAAGGGUUUAAAAUGGACUUAAGGUCCUGUUCUUGCCUUUUAUUUUCUGAACUUGCUGCUUUUGCAUUCUUUGAGUUCAGUUUAAAGACAGUUACUUUAAGUCCAUUUUGAACCCUCAGGCUAGAAAUCGUACCACUGUUAAUUAGCCACAUUAUUUGGUCUAACAGUUUUUCUUUAUCAUUCUGAAACUGAGUUUAUCUAAUACAUUGAUAAAUUAUUUCAAAGGUAUUUUUAUAGUUCAAAUCACUUCACUUUUACCCUGACACGUAUAAAUGACUAGGAAUGACCUUCAGAUAGCGUUUAGCAUCUGUAACCAAUCUGACAAUAAUGUGUUCAUCAGGCACCUGUGGAUUAAAUCACAUACUGGCAUAUUUAAGCUGAAUGUCAGUCUGAAAAAUAAAUGUACUAUAUUAACUCAAAUACCACUCUCUGUGUAGGUAUUUUGUCAUAUGUUUAAGAAAAAGCUAAAGAGGAUGGAAAUCCUAUGACAAUAACUCAAGUCUUUCUUCAAAGUGCACGCAGUCUCUUGCAGUACCUCAUUCAGCCAAGUAUUUGUUCUCUUCCUCAUUCAGUAUAAGGCAGCUUUCAAUUUGCUUAGAAGGCAACAUUAGAAGGUUAGAGUUCAGCAGAAAGAUAGAAUUUUAAAAUGUGAGUUCAACUGAAUAAAUUUGAAUUUCUGUGGGAAGUAAAGAAUCAAAAUACCUAUUUAAAGACUGCAAUAUAUGAUAAUUAUUUUUAAAGUAAUAGAUUAAACCUGAUAGGUUUUCCUGAAAUGAAAAGCAAUCAGUUCUAAAACCAAAGCUGAUUUUUAGAAAAUGUGAAAAUGUAAAUCAACCCUAUCCAAAAUAGAUUCUCUAAAACUUUAUCUUACAGUCACUUUCAAAUAACUAUUCAAAAAUGUAACUGCUAUAUUAAUGUCUUAAAAUAAUUUAAAACAUUUUAAAAUACGAAUACUGUAGCUUAAAACAAAGAAUCUAGGGGAAGGAAAAGUAGAGAAAGAAAUGCCAAUUCCAGUCCAAGCUGUAUUUGCCAAGUUUUCUUAGAAUGACUUUUACCGAUUUAUGAAUUCUUAUACACAGAAUGCAUGAUGGAAAUACUGAUUUUUGUCUAAAGUGGCAUUAUUGACUGCUUCUGUGAUGCUACUGCAAUGUAAUAAAUUAUUAGAUUGUUUCAAGGUGC